AUGUCAGCGCAAGAGACGGCGAGAUCCGCCGGGAUGAUAUCGAUUUGUUUGGCGGUAACCUCAGUCGCCUAUAUUAUGAUGUACUUGCCGUAUUUUCUGAGCCAAGUUGAAGAGAUUCGGAGUUUGAGCAGGAUGGAGAUGGAGAAAUUUCAGGUUGAGGAGGUAAUUGAAAUUGCUACUGUAAAUUUUGGUAUACUAUGUAGUAUGCAAUUCCAGGCAUUUCUUGACAAAUUGACAAGAAGGAAAGUGCUUCCAUAGUCGAAGCUAUUUUUCGAAGUGCAAAAACUGAAAUUGCACUGUGCUAACUGAUGUUUAGACCGGACGUACGGUGCAAAAUGGGUGUUUUGAAGAACGGUGCAAUUACCGUAUAAAAUGCACAAUGCAGGGUUGCAGAAAAUUCUCAGUACUUUAUUGUAGCCAGCAGUACACACCUAAAAUCUAUUUUUUUUCAAAAGCGGCAAUAUCCUAUUAUUUCGCGACAUAGGUUCCGUCUAAUGCAAAGUUGGUCGUCUAAAAUCCUCUGUGAAGGAUUAUACUUGCUGUACUUUGUACAGCGAAAGAGUUGACGUAGAAAAGAUUCUUUCAAGUUCAAAAUUAAAAAUUUCAGAGGCUCGUCUGGGAGAAUGCAAGGGAGCUUCGGGGAAGUUCUCCGUCAAUUGUGCAGCAAAGGAGAAAACGGCAAUCCAGGGACCAAUGUCGUAAGUUGGAGUACAGCUUUAUACAACUCCAAAAGCGCCAUGAGAACCGUUGAAAAUAUAUGAUGUUUACUAUCAGUCUGUCGGGAAAAUAAUGAGCAUUCUGCCGCGUUAAAAACCGCAUCGGCGAUGACUUGUACCACGGAGAAAAUCAAAUUUCUCUACGAGCGAAAUUUUGCUCAUAAUUUUCCCGACAUACUGAUACUUUUUUUGAAAUAGCGCUUUUUGCAAUCCAAUUUGCAACAAAAACACCUUUAUAUGCUCUAAACUUCAGACUGUUUCAAAUCCGAGAACAACUGCCCUGAAGGUCCUCCCGGCCCUUCUGGUCCACCCGGCGACAACGGAGAGCACGGCGAGACCGGAGUUCGCGGUCCCCCAGGCGACGCAGCUUUGCCGUCAGAGCCCCGCACCUUCGAAGAGUCAUGCCGAGUCUGUCCACCAGGCCCUCCAGGCAUCCCCGGCUAUGUGGGUCCGCCUGGCGAGCCGGGCGAACAAGGGCAAGCCGGACGGAGCGGUCCUGUCGGGCAGCCCGGAAGAAAUGGGGCUGUGGGAAGCCCCGGGGAGAAUGGAUUCCCCGGCACGCCGGGAACGGACGGAGAGCCGGGCCCGCCCGGACAAGAGGGCGUUCGUGGGUUGCCGGGGGCCAAGGGCACGCCGGGAAGUCGAGGAGCGCCCGGACCGCCGGGAUACCCGGGGAUCUCGGGGCAUCCCGGAGUUAAUGGCGUUCAGGUAAGCAAAGGUUGAAUUUUUAUGUCUAGAUCAACACUGCUUGGAGUAAAAGAUCAUGAGAAAUGAUUUUCACAAUGUGUUUUUAGCGGGUCUCUGCGAAAAUCGCAAAAAAAGUGGUUUACACAGUGAAUUUUGACCCAAAACGUCAUUUUGCACAGAGCAGUUGGAUUUUUUUGCACUAAUGUCGCCCGCGACGCCCAUUUUUUGCACAAGUCAUUGUUUUUCCGAAUGCGACACAUUUUUGAAAGUAUCAGUCUGUCGGGAAAAUAAUGACCACAAUGUCGCUGCACCAGCCACGUCUCUAAAGCAAAAAAAACUUGAUUUUCUCCGCAACACAGUUCAUUUUCUCGGUGGCUAUGCGAUUUUACCUUUGACAGAAUGCUCACUAUUUUCCCCACAGACUGAUAUUAUGUAUAAAAUAAGAUGCAACAAUCACUUUUUUAGGGACCUCAAGGCCCUCCCGGAGAGCCGGGCCCAGAUGGAAAUUCGGGAUAUCCAGGCAUUUCUGGAGGGAGCGGAGGAAUGGGAGAGCCGGGAGACGACGCCAACUACUGUAAAUGCCCGCCAAGAGGGAGAAAGAACUCGUUCCCGUCUCCGCCAGUGACCCUGGAACCAACCACGGAGUAUGAGCCUUCAAGAAAUGAAGAGACAUAUAAUAAGAGGAAAACGACACUUUGA